UGUUCUGCCCUCACCCUCAGCUUCCUGUUGGAGCCUCCUCUAAAUCUUGAACUUUUAUUUCCUGAGAGAGAACCCUGAGAAACAACUUUUGUCAGGAAAUUUGGCAUCUCCAACACCAGAUAUGCUGCUGCUGCUGCUGCUGGCCAUGCUCUGGUGGAGGGAGGGGGCUGAGGGCCAUAGAGAGCCCUGGAAAUAUUACCAGACUUACCAGCUGCAAGUACAGAGGACGGUGGAGGUGCCGGAGGGUCUGUGUGUGCGAGUACCCUGCUCCUUCUCCUAUCCCAAGGAUGGCUGGAAUAACUCUACCCCAGCUCAUGGCUACUGGUUCUGGGAAGGGGCCAAAACAAACCAGGACGCUCCUGUGGCCACAAAUGACCCAGAUAGAAAAGUGCGGGAGGAGACCCAGGGCCGAUUCCACCUUCUUGGGAACCCCCAUAACUACAACUGCUCCCUGGACAUCAGAGAUGCCAGGAGGACGGACAACGGAACAUACUUUUAUCGAGUUGAGAGAGGAAAAGCAAAAUGGAAUUACCAAGAAGACUAUCUCUCUGUGCAUGUGAUAGCCCUGACCCACUUACCUGACAUCCUCAUCCCGGAGACCCUGCAUUCUGGUCACCCCACAAAUCUGACUUGCUCUGUGCCCUGGGCCUGUGAGCAGGGGACACCCCCCAUCUUCUCCUGGAUGACAUCAGCCCUCACCGCCUUGGGCCCCAGGACCCGACGCUCCUCGGCUCUCACCCUCACCCCACGGCCUCAGGACCAUGGCACCAGCCUCGCAUGUCAGGUGAACUUGCCUGGGGCUGGAGUGACCAGGACAAGGACUGUCCUCCUCGACGUGUCCUACCCUCCGCAGAACUUGACCGUAACUAUCUUCUUUGGAAACAGCACAGCACCCACAACCCUGGAGAAUGGCUCAUCUCUUUCAGUCCAGGAGGGCCAGUCCCUGCGCCUGGUCUGUGUUGCUGACAGCAACCCCCCUGCCAGGCUGAGCUGGGCCCGUGGGAGCCAGACCCUGAGCCCCUCACAGUCCUUGAACCUCGAGGUCCUGGAGCUGCCCCAGGUGGAGUCAAGUCACGAAGGCAAAUUCACCUGCCAAGCUCAGCACCCUCAGGGCUCCCUGCACAUCUCCCUGAGCCUCUCUGUGCAGAGAAAAGCGUGUCCUUUAUCAGGAGUGAUGCUGGGGGCUGUCGGGGGAGCAGGUGCUAAAACCCUUCUCCUCCUGUCCUUCUGCGUCAUCGUCAUCAUAGUGAGGCGCCGCAGGAAGGAAGCAACAAGGCCAGCAGCAGGGGUGAGGGACACGGACAUGGAAAGUGCAAAUUAAGUCACGGGGUCAGUCUCUCAGGGUGCCCUGGUGAAAUCCCAGGCUGGCAGCCUCCCAGCCCACCCUCUCUCAGAUGUGCUUGCCCCUUGCUGAGGGCAGGAAGAAGAGCUCCGUUGUGUAUCCCUCAGCUAUCGUGGGAUGAAGCCUCGGGACCCACAGGAACAGGACCAUGCUGGUUGUGAGUCCUCAGAGAUCAAGAUCCACACCUGAGAAACUGCAGAGACUCAGCCCUAGCUUGAGGGAUGAUGGCCCCCGCGGGGCAAAGAAAAAGUCGUGUGCUCAUUCCUGUAGAGCUAAAAUCUUCCUAAAUACUGUAAAGAACAUAGGCUUUGGCAUCAAAGAGUUUCAAAUUAGAAUCCACACUCUGUCCCUUUGUUAAGUAAGUGACAGACCAACACCUACCACUCUACGCCUCAUUUUCCUGCUCUCUGAAAUAUGGAUGAGAAGUCCUACCUGCAAGUUCAUGUUGAGAAUUCUGGGAGUAAAAUCCUAUUGGAGCAUCUGCCACAAAGUGUAUGCAGAACACACGCUGGAGCCCUGUGUUUGAACAGAAAGGCCCUACUGUGAGUUUCUCCUGGCUCUGGAGGGGAACAGCAUCAGACCUCAGACCUUUCUUGUUGAGGUGCCUCCUACUGGAAUGUCCUCCAUUCAACCUUCAUCAGCUUCUGUCUUUGAAAGCUGAGCUCAAGAGGUGGACUUCUGGGCUGAGAUAGGAAAUUCAAGCAGCACCUCAAGGAUCUCCCCCUACAGAGACAAACCAAAUGAGUGAGGAAGGUUCCCAAAUGAUCACAUGACCAUCUGAUGAAUGAAACUACAUGGUCCUAACAUUCUCUUACAGCACCCAAAUGAAGAAAGGAGUGUAUCACAGCAGUCACUUCAUAAAGUAGCCUUGGUGGAAAGAAAUCAGGGAUUGGAGGAGGCAUUAAAAAUUUCCUACAAACGGACCCCAGGCCAUUUAUAACAACACCAAAAACCAUAAACUACCAAGUGAUAUUCUUUUACUUAAGAAUGCAAUACUUCCACACUGAAAAAUAUAGAACAUUGCUGAGCAAAAUUAAGACGAUCCAAAUGAAUAAAGAAAUAUACAAUGUUCAUGGAUGGGAAGACACAGUAUUGUUAAGAUGUCAGUCCUCUCCAUAUUGAUUUAAAGUAAUCCCAGUCAACAGACUAAAAACUAUGAAUGUAUAUAUGUAUGUAUAAAUAUAUAUACCUACACAUACAUAAAUUGACAAGUUGAAUCUAAAAUGUAUAUGGAAAUGUAAAGACCUGGAGUAGCAAAACAAUCUUGAAAAAGAAUACAUUUGGAGACAUCAGACUACUACAAAGUAGAGUAAUCAAGAGAGUGUGGUGUGGACAGAACAGAGUCCAUAAAUAGACCCAAACAUUAUACAGCAUCCACUGAGCAGCACGCAGGCUAUUAAAUUGGGAAAGGUAGGACUUCUUAACAAAUGUGCUAGAACUAGUUGAUCAAGAUUUGAAAAUGAUGAACCUUGUAAAUAUUAUAAGUGGUUUAUAUAAUUAGAAUCAUGCCAUAUGUAGUCAUGUGGAUUUUUUCACUCAGUAUUGAGUUUUUUGAGAUUCAUCCAUGUUGUUGUGCAUAUCAGUAGUUUGUUCCUUGAUUGCUGAGUAGGAUUCCAGUGUAUCGCACCUUGUAUACCCAUUUUCCUGUUGAUGCACGCUUGGUUUGUUUCCAGUUUUUGGUGAUUAUGAAUAAAGCUGCUGUGAACAUAUUUUCACAAGA